AUGAGUGUUUUGAGGGAGGAGGUUGAGACAGUUAAAAGUAUGAUUAUAGAAAUAACCCCAGUUGUCGAUGACGUUGAAAGCCAGUUGGAGAUCGCCAUAAAGUCAAUUGAAGAUACGGUUCUCAUUACGAAAGAUAAUGCUACACUAUCUAUAUCCGAAUUACGAGGAGACCUCACCCAAAAAGUCUCCUCCGUCUUCUCAACCAUCACUGCCCAAGUUCACGUCCUCUUCGCGAAGCAGAAGCAGGCCGAGCUGGCGCAGCUGCAGACCGUCGUCACGGCGCAGUUGGAGGCGAUUGGAAGGAUUAUUGCGGAGGAUAAAGCAACAGGGGUGAAGGGAUUCUUGGGGAAGAUGAAGACAUGUAUUAACGGAAUGCGUCACACUGAUCUGCCGUAUAGACUGGACGAAAAAAUACAAUUCCCCGCUUGUAAUAAAAGUUCAAGAUUUCUUCAUACCAUUGUUUGA